CUUCCGACCUUGGCGGGCCCCCAACGCCUCGCCAACUCCCUCAGGCAGAAGUUCGCCAGCAAUUCCGGUUUACCCCCGGCCCGGCCUGAUGCGCGCCGCCCCAAUCGCGACGAUCUCCUCGUCACGGUCGCUUCCCGAGGUCGCACGACUGGUUGUGACCGCGGUUAGUCCCUUCCACUAAGACACACACAAACAAUCCGGAAGACACCGGUCGCACCGCGGGCAAUUACCUAGGAACCAUGACGACGAUACCGAUACUCAACAUGGAGUUCGGCGAGCUCAAGGAGAUUGUCUGGACAAAGCUGCAGGAGCCCAAGGCUCAGCGUAAGCUGAUCCUGAUCAUCGUCUCCGUGGCGCUACUGCUGGACAACAUGCUGUACAUGGUGAUAGUACCGAUCAUACCGGAUUAUCUCAAGUACGUUGGCGCGUUCGGAGAUAUCGAGGAAACGGGCAACGACACCAGUCCGCGAGACCAUCACGGCCAGGACUCCGCCACGGGGGUGUUAUUCGCGUCAAAGGCGAUUGUGCAACUGAUGGUGAAUCCGUUUUCCGGCGCGCUGAUCGAUCGGAUAGGCUACGACAUCCCCAUGAUGAUCGGUCUCUGCAUCAUGUUCCUCUCGACCAGCGUGUUCGCAUGCGGCAAGAGCUACAGCGUGCUGUUCUUCGCGAGGAGUUUGCAGGGCGUUGGUUCCGCAUUCGCCGAUACCGCCGGCCUCGCUAUGAUCGCCGAUCGCUUCACGGAAGAGAACGAACGCUCGAAGGCGCUCGGCAUCGCUUUGGCGUUUAUCAGUUUUGGCUGUCUGGUCGCACCGCCGUUCGGAGGUGCUCUUUACCAAUUUGCCGGCAAGGAGGUGCCAUUUCUGAUAUUGGCGUUCGUCAGUCUGGCGGACGGCUUCAUGUUAUUGCUGGUGAUGAAACCGAUUAAGGAGCAGAUGCGCGAUCGUCACCAUGAACCCAAAUCGACAAUACCGAUCUGGCGACUGCUCAUGGAUCCGUAUAUCGCUGUAUGCGCGGGCGCCUUGAUGAUGUCUAACGUUGCGCUCGCUUUUCUCGAGCCGACGAUCUCUCUGUGGAUGGAAGACACGAUGACGCACGACAACUGGAAGAUCGGUAUGAUCUGGCUGCCGGCCUUUUUCCCGCAUGUAAUUGGCGUGAUAGUCACUGUGAAGAUGGCCAAGCAGUAUCCGCAAUAUCAGUGGCUAAUGGCGGCGGGUGGUCUCGCUCUCGAAGGUCUCUGCUGCUUCAUCAUACCAUUUUCCAACUCGUACAAGGUGCUGAUGAUACCGCUGUGCGGCAUCUGCUUCGGUAUCGCGCUCAUCGACACCGCGCUGCUGCCCACGCUGGGCUACCUGGUGGACGUUAGGUACGUGUCGGUGUACGGCAGCAUCUACGCGAUCGCCGACAUCUCGUACAGCGUAGCGUACGCGGUGGGUCCGAUCAUAGCCGGAGGUGUCGUCGAGGCGAUCGGCUUUACCGCCCUGAACAUCGGCAUCGCCUUUUCGAAUUUGCUUUAUGCGCCGGUUCUUUAUUAUCUGCGUCACAUCUACGACUUCAAGCCGUUCCAGGAUGAGGCGAACAUACUGAUGCAAGAUCCGCCCGACAAGGAGUACCAGACGUACGUGCUACAGGAACAGCGACCGAUCUCUGGCGAGAUCGGCAACCACUUGAAUCAGACGCGUAUGGAGACGAACGUCGACCAGGGCUACGAUCAGAACUACCAGACGGUAGGACAAGUCGGCUACGAUCAGCGCGUCGAUUACGGGGCGCAAAAUACGAUCGGUUACAACCAGUCCGUUCAUGAGCAACCGCCGGUCUACAAUCAACCGGCCAGCUACGGUCAACCCGGUGACUACGGCCAGCAGAGGAAUUACGUGCCCGAGCAUCAAGAACAACGGGGUACCCAGGGAGUCGAUGUGAAUCCCUUCAGGAGACCGGAUGCGACUGAUCAGCGGCCGGCUGGAGACAGUAACCCCUUCAGGCAAGGAAUGUACUAGAACGAAGGUCGUCGCCAAGUGUUACCGUAGCGAUCUAACCGAUCGCGGCCGAUCGGGAGGCGAGCGCGCGUCCCCUUCGCUCGAGAGUGGUUCGAGAGUCUUCGUGACAGGCUUCCACUUAUAUCGGCAAGAGAGAAUCGACGUCGUCGCGGGGCACGGCGGCUCGGCGGGAUUUCCGGCGGCGACGGCGAUCGGGACGCUCGAUCAGAAGGAGGAUCACCGAUCGUUCCAAAGUCCCGCCGAAUCUCGAUCGUACUUGGAGUAUCGUCGGUGUUUAUCGGGGAUGGCAGAGGCAACGACUUCCAAAGUGAUUCCCUCGGGGCUCUCGCGGUUGCUUCAUAUCCAGGAACGAUGAAUCUUGACGGUCCUAGUAUCCGCUCGAGGUUCCGCGCGUAACUAAAUAAAAUACGAAUCGCGAGGAAAGAGGCGAAAGAGGGAUACGCGAUGUAGAAAAUGUAAGACGAGAGAAGUGGAAGGAAAACGGUCCGUGGGUAAGCACGCGCAAUGGCCGUCUUCGUCGGAAAUAAGGACCUCAAGGAGACUAAAUAGUCGCAACAUCGAAAUAAAAUUAGAGUGAGAAGAAAGGGGAAUGUGUCGGUGCUACGGAAGAAAGAGGAAAGACAGCAUCCUCUAUUUGAGAUGCGAGAAGUUCUAACGCGAGAAGUGUAAA